UCUUAUUUGAUAAAAAGAAAAGAAAGACUCUCACGACUCUCACACAGCAAAUAUAUCUCCCACUUGUAUUAGCUAAGUUCCAAAAAAGCAGAAAAAAUCCAAAUCUGAAAUCUCUUUCUCGGUUUGUUUGCUUCAAUAUGGCUCCUCUACCUAUUUCUUCGAUUAGAGUUGGUAAAAUAGAGGAUGUUCAAGAACUAAUAAAAUCAAAACCAAACAAAGUUCCAGAGAGAUUCAUAAGAGACGCCAAUGAAAGAGGAGGCUUAGUGUCGCUUAAGACUCACCUUCACCAACCUAUUCCUGUUAUUGAUCUCUCUAAACUCUCUAAACCUCACACUAAUGAUGAUUUUGUAUUUGAGAUUCUUAAGCUCUCACAAGCUUGUGAAGACUGGGGAUUUUUUCAGGUUAUAAAUCACGGGCUUGAAGUGGAUGUGGUGGAUGAUAUAGAGAAAGUGGCUAAGGAGUUCUUCGAGAUGCCAUUGGAGGAAAAGCAGAAGUAUCCAAUGGAGCCAGGGACCGUACAAGGAUACGGUCAAGCUUUCAUUUUCUCCGAAGAUCAGAAGCUUGAUUGGUGCAACAUGUUUGCUCUUGGUGUUCAUCCUCCUUCUAUUCGUAACCCCAAACUUUGGCCUUCUAAGCCGGCUCGGUUCAGUGAAAGCCUUAAAGGUUACUCAAAAGAAAUAAGCAAAUUGUGCAAGAGGUUGUUGACGUACAUAGCAAUAAGCUUGGGUCUAAAGAAAGAGACAUUUGAGGAAAUGUUUGGGGAAGCAGUGCAAGCAGUGAGGAUGAACUAUUACCCACCAUGUUCAAGCCCUGAUCUUGUCUUGGGACUUAGUCCACAUUCUGAUGGAAGUGCUCUAACAGUUCUUCAACAGAGCAAGGACAGUUGUGUUGGGCUUCAGAUCCUCAAGGACAAUACUUGGGUCCCUGUCCUACCUCUUCCCAAUGCACUUGUCAUCAACAUUGGUGAUACAGUUGAGGUGCUAACUAAUGGGAAGUACAAGAGUGUGGAGCAUAGGGCAGUGACAAACAGGGAAAGGGAGAGGCUUACAAUAGUGACAUUCUAUGCACCAAACUAUGAGGUUGAAAUAGAACCAAUGGGUGAGUUGGUUGAUGAUGAAACCAACCCAUGCAAGUAUAGAAGUUACAAUCAUGGUGACUACAGUUAUCACUAUAUCUCCAACAAGCUCCAAGGAAAGAAGUCCCUUGAUUUUGCCAAGAUUCUGAAUUAACUAGUAUUACUUUCACAACCCUUUCACGAUCCAUUAACUAGUUACCACUUAUUUCUUUUAUUCUUAUAAAAUUUAGGUUUGGAACUUUUGUGUGUCUAAUAAUAGGAAUGUUCCCCACCUAAGGGUGUUGAUGUCAUGAUUGAACUCCCCAAUGUACAUACAACAUGUAUUAUAUUAUAUUGUGUGUGGGUGGAGUUGGGUGAGUUUAUGUGUUUAUAUAUGUACGUCGAGAAGGAACAAAAGAAUAAGAAAAAUAACAUCCGAUCCA